ACCAUUACAACUUUGCGUGCAUUCUCAACUCAGUUGCCAACGGACGUGACAAAGAUGGCACAGUCGGGAAACAUUUUGGAAAAGAAAUGGCAGCAGAUGACUUACGAAAAACACCGACAGAGAGUAAGAACAUUAUCAAUUCAUCUUUUACUUGAGGGAGAAACAAUUAAAGGAAUCAAAGUAAAGAAAUCCUGUCGGUGUUGUAAUUUCGUGUGUAUGUUUUGGUGUUUGUGUCAAGUAACAACAAGCAAACCUUACAAAGUCAAGAGUUGUUAUCUACUUUAGAAAAGUGAAUGAGUGUGAGGUUUGUCCUCAGGAAAUAAGAGAGCUUUAUUUAAGGUACUGCAGGUUAUGCAUGGAUCUUUGAAAAUUGGCUUUUGUUAUCCCUUCAUUACCUUGUUUACUUUGUUAAUGCAGUUGUUAUUGUGGUUUACCAUGAGGUGUUUUUAUAGAACUCCAAUCCUCGAAAACACGUCUUCCCCUUGAAAAUUGUUGUUAAGGAAUUGUUUCUACAAAAGUUCUACUUGACAUGAUUACCAAAUAUUUGAGAAAUUUCUCAAAACAGAGGAAUCUACAUUAGAUUUUGAAUCUCUAGACUUACGCAAUAAGCGCGCGCUUGGUACAAACAGAAACCUUCACGCAUGUCGACAAGCACUAAAAGGAGCUUAAAGGACUUUGAUUGCAUAAAUAAUUUGCCAGUCAAAGCGUCGUUCAGUAUUUUCAUUGUUGUUGUAUUUUUAAAGUGCUUUUUCUCCUGCAGCUUAAAGAGACAAAAUCUACGUUAAAAGGAGAAACCACGCUACAGUUUAACGACGAAGAAGCCCAGAUGCAAUUGAGAUUCAGGCGGAUUAUGGUGAGUUUUCCUAAUUUUCUAUCGAAUGUUGAAAAUAACUCGGGACUAUAUUGAUUUUGUCUCUCUUCGCUCUGUGAUUGUUCCAAAAAAGUCACGCUACACUCCCAAAUAAUCAUCACAAUCUGAUGACUGACUUAGAAUAGAUCGCGAUCUAGUUACUAACGUUUUUCCGCACUUCGUGAAGUUUUCUUGUGUUUACUUUGAGAUCUCAUUGGUUGCAUGUCAAUUCUUUCUCUUUUCCUGACUGCCAACCUUGUUAGCGUCAGCUACAGUGGACAUAAAAAUGAGAAUUUUAAUACUUACACAUCUUCCUUUUGUCGGUACUAAUUUAACAUGGUGACUGUUCAAUAGAGAGGAUUUCAUAUUUUGGAAGUCCAAAGGAAGACCAUUAAACAGAGAUCAUUUUUAAAAGUAUUUUAGAGCAACUGCACUCUCUGGCUGUUUUCGUCAGUCACUGAUGAAUGUUAAUUUUAUGCGGUCCUCAUUUGAUCAUUACAGGCCGAAGAGCAACGACAGGCUGUAAUCGAAAAACAAAACCACAAGCUGCUGCAAAGAAUUGUGGAUAUUAUGACAUCGAAAAAGAAGAGAUUUCCCGUGACAAGUACCAACGAGACAAAGAGAAAGGUAUAACGAAUUGUCUCGAGGGUCAUCCCUUGAGGAAAAGAGAUUAAAGAAGACCCAAUUGGCAGACUUGAAUAUUUAUUGCUACCUCACACUUACAAGAUUUCACCAAGCCAAUUCUUCAAACCAUAUCCAAAAACCAAGAAUAAGAAAAUCAUCAGCAAAUUGCUAAAUUAGAAGGCGUCUCACAUAGCUCACGUUUGGAUUGUAUAAAAAAUAUCUGCCAUCUAUCUACCGAUGAGGCCUUCUCUAAAAAUCAGAUCACUGCGAAUACAAUAGUUCAGUAUUGGGAUGCUUUUGCGGACCUAUGUUAUUUAGGCCAUUCCAUUAUUACUUUUUACUCGUAAACGGAAUUGCUCCAUGGCUCGAAUUUUUGUUAAGUAUUUUGUAGCGAACGAGGGCGAUUUGUUUUUAUCUCAUGGGUCAUUUAUUUGUUGUUUUUCAGGUCAGCGGACCAGUUCAAGCGGCAGACAGCUCUACAGGAAAACCCAGACAAAGUACUGUUAAACUACCAGCAAUUAACGGUUCUUCAUCAGCGAGUGGCUCAAAGUCCUAACCCUCCAGAACACCAAGAAACUGUGGGAAUACCCGUUUGAAAACUAAUUAUUAGAAACAUUCAUAAAGAAUAGAAUAACAGCGUACUAACAUUUUUGCAAUCUUCUACCCUGUUAUCCUUGUGUGGCCGUUUUUUUGCAGUGUAAGCAUUUUACUACCGGGAAAUUUGAGAUUUAGCUUGCGCCGCCUCAGUUCCGUGAUCUACGCGGAACAUCGUUCAGUGAGCCAACCGGCCUCGAGAUGAACAAGGUGGCGCACCGAUUUAAGCUCUUAGCGAUUCCAACAAUUUUUUAAAUUCCUCGUUUCGUAUGUCGAACAGCGUAUUAGGAUUCAACUCACACAUAGACUAGGAAGAGAUUUAUUAUGUUUGAUUGGUGAAUGAUUAAUGAACAGCGCCUUACGAUAGCAAUUGCCUAUCAAUCGCUUGUCCACAUGGUACAAACAUUUUAUUCCGAACGUGGACAAAACAAAUACAACGAUACGUUUAAUCCUAACGUGAAAUAAUCAUUUCUCGAUGAAUGAGAUUUCUGAUUGAACAUAUACAAAGGAGAAUACAGUAAAAUUAGAAUUUACAGAACAGGAUUGUCAUGCGGG